AUGAAAUAUACUAAGUUAAAUUUUAUGAUGUCGGUUCUUGGCAUUAUAAUCUAUGUAACUGAUUUAAUUGUGGACAUCUGGGUGUCUGUCAGAUUUUUCUAUGAGGGACAGCAUGUUUUCAGUAUUUUAACAGUAAGUUUUAUGCUCUUUGGAACACUUGUGGUCCAGUGUUUUAGUUAUUCUUGGUUCAAGGACGAUUUAAAGGAAUCAGGCCAAGAAAGUCAGCAUUGUUUUCUUCUACUUCAUUGCUUGCAAGGAGGAGUUUUUACAAGGUAUUGGUUUGCCUUGAAAAAGGGUUAUCAUGUGGCUUUCAAGUACACCAGCAAAACGGAUAACUUCGUGGAAGAACAAAUCGAUCCUCAUAAAGAAGUUAUAGAUAGGGUGACAGAUUUGAGCAUGCUCAGGCUAUUUGAGACCUACCUGGAAGGCUGCCCACAACUUGCUCUUCAGCUCUACAUCCUUCUGGAACAUGGUCAAGAAAAUUUCACUCAGUAUGCAGCCAUCAUGGUCUCUUGCUGUGCUAUUUCUUGGUCGACUGUUGAUUAUCAAGUAGCUUUAAGAAAAUCCUUACCUGAUAAAAACCUCCUUAAUGGACCCUGUCCUAAACUCGUAUAUCUCUUUUACAAGUUGUUUACAUUAUUAUCUUGGAUGUUGAGUGUUGUGCUUCUUUUGUUCUUAAAUGUUAAGAUUGCUUUAUUCCUGUUGUUAUUUCUUUGGUUUUUAGGUAUAUUGUGGGCAUUUAAAGAACAAACUGAUUUUUGUGCUUCCAUAGGUAUGGAAUUCAUAUACAGGAUUGUUGUUGGAUUCAUUCUUGUCUUUACAUUUUUUAAUAUUAAGGGACAGAAUACCAAAUGUCCAAUGUCUUGUUAUUAUAUUGUAAGGGUAUUGGCCACAUUGGGGAUAUUGAUUGUGUUCUGGUCUUACCCACUCUCUAUUUUUAAUUCAGACUAUUUUAUACCUGUCAGCAUCACUAUAGCUCUUACUCUUCUCCUUGGAAUUAUUUUUCUUAUUGUUUAUUACGGGACUUUACACCCAAACAGAAGUGAAGAAACAAAACUGGAUGAAGCUGAUGGAAAACCAGUUCAAAGAGAUUGUAGAAUGAAGUAUUUCCUAAUGGAAUAAGGUAUUCACUUAAGAGAUAUGUUUUCUUAUUUUUUGUUUCAUUGGUUAGUAAAGAAAAAGUUUGUGUA